CCUUGGUCACCCCGAUCGCUACCGCCUCUACGUCAUCACCGAACCGCCGCAGUGCGAGGACUGGUGCUACUUCCAGGACGACACUGUGGAGAAGCCGCGGAAAGGAGUCAGGCUGAGUGGUGCGAGAGCGGUUGCAAUAAUGAACCAAAAGGACGACGAUGACGAAAGCGCAGCUGCACAGAUGAAUGAGGAAGCAACAGGGGCUGGAGAAGUACCAAGAUCGCUAAAAAGAUCACCGCCCUCAGCACCAGCAACUUCUCCAGGGAGGACCACACAAGAAGAAGAACCGUCGAAAAAUGUACUAUCAUCAUCCAGAAAUUAUAACCGGUACAAGAUUUCCUGGCUCGGGAUGUGUCGCCUUGGCUGGGGGUUUCCACAGACGUCCGAGGUGCGGCUGAACCUCCUGCCUGUGGCCAUGUACUCGUUUUACCGGAAAGACCUCCUGGUCGCCUACAGUUCGUCCUCUACCCUCGCGGCCCCCGGACUGAACCAUAAAAACGCCGUGAGCAGAACAAAAAGCUUCAUUGACAAAUACGCGGUCUUCGCCGAGAGCAUGCUCUCCUGCCCCUCGGACUACGUGAAACCACUGGCGAACACCAUUCAGGCGUGGGAAGAAGUUUUAGAAGCGAAAGCGGAACCCGCAACGUCAGUUGUUGCCGAAGUAGAUGAAAGGUUGAAAAACAAGAAUAAAGCAGCGAUUAAAAAGCCCGGAACCGAUAUGGAGAGAAAAAAGUUUGUCACAGUCACUAACUUGCAGGUUUUGCAUUACAAAUUUUCUCAGCAUCACAAACUUUCCUUGUGUUGCAGAAACACUAGGGAAAUCCCUAAUAAAGUUUGGCUGUGAUGCAUUUUUACGCAUGAAAAACAAUUUUGUAUUGCAAGAAUGCGCAUGAGUGAUCGUGACGAACUUUUUUUCUUUGAUAACUGAUGUUCCUGUCGUCUCGAAAUUUCUGAUCCAGAAGCGGCAGGAUUGGUAUAUAACCCGCUCAGGUGUUACAAUCUCAAACGUUACAAUAGAAUAUGGAAAUCUGUGAUGCAGGUGGAGUGCAUGAUCUAGCCAAGUCCCAUAGGAUUGCGCAUGACAAGUUCCGGAGCCCCAAACCCCACGACAAUCUGGCGAAAUUUGUAUUGCAAAAGGUGGAACGCUGUGCGAAUCUGUCAUGCUCAUAAUGCAACACAAAUUCCAGAUUCUAUUGUAACGUCUGAGAUUGUAACGUUUGAGCAAGUCAUAUGGUAUCUGACCCAGAUGAAAAACACCACCUUCAUGCUCAUUCCCCGCGGCGACGGCCGGUGGACCCACCGGUUCUACCUAGCCCUCGCUGUGGGUGCGGUGCCGGUGGUAUGCAAUACAGAUAUUCCGGAACACCGAUAAUAAGAUGCAUCACAACCAUUCGCCAAGUUGGAGGCUGUCGCUUGUCUUGGUGAAUAGGAGUGCCGAAAAGUUUUGUCAUGCAGAAGCCGCAUAUAUACAUGUAGUUGUAGUUCUAGUUGUACGUGUGCGGAAAAUCAUUUACUGUUUAUAGGUGGUUAUUGCGGACGGGUUUUCUUACGCGUACGAAGGCUUUCUGCCCAAGGGUCUCUGGGAGUCGGUGGUCGUGAAAAUCCCCGAGCGGGCGUUCAGAAACCCCUACAGUACGAUGGUUUUGGAAAAGGAAAUAUUACGAAAAAUCUCCCGGGCCGAGUUCGAGCGGAAAAAGUGGGAAAGAAGUACUACUAUUCCUGGUACUGUGGAUGACCACGGUGAGCAGGUUGGCGCCACUACUUCUUCCGCACAAGAGCCGCCCCUCAUCAACGACGGCAGACCUUCACCAGCAUCAACGACUGUCGUUCAACAUCGCGGUCUUGCGCCCGUCGCCCAGCCGUUAUUGGAUCUGCUGGAACACACGCAAAAUGCGAGCAGAAAGGCGGAACUGUGGGGAAAGGUGGCGGAGAAUCUAAAACAGUACUACGACAGUCGGUUUGAUCUUGCGAAAUCGGGAGGGAUUCGGGAUGAUGCUGCCACGGUUUUGCAUAAACAGCACAUUGUCCUCAACAGCGGAUUAUCCUGUGCAAAAGUAUCGUACUCGUAUAAAUGCAAGUCUUGCAUUACAAAUCCUUUUCUUAAGGUAAAUUAGCAUUACAAAUUGUAUUUCUCAUGCUGAGGAAGUUUGUAUAUGCAUUUAUACGAGUACGAUACUUUUGCAGUUCAUACGGAUUAGCAUCGAAAGAUGGACUACUGGCUCCGGCGCAUGAGGAACAAGAACCAGCUUCAUUUUCCUUUUUCAACGACACCAACACAAUAGCCGGGAGACAGCGAGCCCGGCGGUUUCUGCAAGACUUUGUGGAACGGAAAACCUUACGAAGACUCUUUCAGAUGCCGGAAGACGAAAUAGAAAAGCGGAAGAAGCUCGGCGCCUACCUCUACGAUCACUUUUUUCGUAGUCCGGAGCAACGUCUGUUCGCGCUGCUGGCGACGGUGAGGCAGGUCAUAGAGGCGGACCUCGGGGCGGAGCUCGUAGGUUUUUUGGAUGGCGAUUGAAAAAGUCGUGCGACGAGUUUUGCAUGUUAAAGCAUAGGUAUUAGUACCAAUCUAGCGUUUACUGUUUGGUCCCAUCAAGAUCAUGGCUAGCGCGUACAAAUAAAAAAAGCGACCGAGCAGCAGCAGCACCUGCAGUGAUAAAUUUCCGAGAUGCAGCUUGAAACGAACUCGAACCCCAACCCCUCCGCACGUCCCCCCCUAGUGCAGGAUGAAUGAUCAUGAUGAUUAGCACAUACCCAAGUGCUCUUGGUGAUAUAAAAAUCAACGAUCGAGGUGGUUUUCUAGUAGAUACAUAAGUGAGUUAUCCAUAGCGAUAACUUCGCUGAAAAAUUGACUUUUAGAUGAAAUCUUCCAUUUUAGAUGAAAUCUUCUGACCAACACCAUGUUAACAUGAGCGAAAGCUCCUGCACCAAAGGGCAUAGUUGCACAGACUGCCUGCGCCGUAGCUCAUCCUGCGUGAGAAUGGCGCUCAACAUGAUUAUCCACACAUAAUUGACGUAGUUGUGGCGGCCUGGUACUGCUAGGAGCACCCCUUUUACCCUAACAAUUUUUGCUGGUAUGAUGAUGUUUGAAUCUUCAAUAAGCGCCCGG